AUGAGAAAAUCAACAUUAUUGAUUUCUGUUUUAGCUAUUAUUGGAACUGUAACAGCUACUUGCUAUGACCCUGGUGUCCCCUCAGCAUCAGGCUCAGGUUCUACCUGUAAUUGCUAAGGUCUUUAUUAUGGGUAUUCAACUGAUUAAGGCAGAACUAAAGGAUGUACAAAGUGUCCUUCUGGUACUAUUUAAGAUAAGUUUCGCAAUAAUCCUACUUCUGUUGCUGCUUGUUCUGUCUGUGCUGAUACUCUUUAUGCUACGUUCACUGGAACUUAACUUGACCCAGCUUGUACUUGCAAAGACCCUAACGCUACUUUCUCUGAAAAUGGAAAAUGCAUAUGUAAGGCCAAUACUUAUGGAACAGCUAGCACUUCCUAAACUAGCGGAUGUACUGCUUGUCCCAGAGGUUUUGGUUCUGCUGCUGGAAGCACAGCUUUAGCUGAUUGCUCUAUAUGUUUUGAUGCUGCACAUGCUACUUUUACUGGAAGUGCAAGUGCCCGAGCUUGUACUUGCAAUGACCCUAAUGCUGCUCUCAAUGCAAGUGAAAUUUGUCAAUGUAAUGCCAAUACGUAUGGAGCAGCUAGCGCUACAUCAACUAGCGGAUGUACUUCAUGCCCUGGUGGUUCUGCUUCUGCUGCUGGAAGCACAGCAUUGGCUAAUUGCUCUACAUGUAUUGAUACUACUCAUGCUACUUUCACUGGAACUGUAAUUGCCCCAGCUUGUACUUGUACUGACCCUAACGGUGCUUUCAGUGUAACUGGCAUUUGCCAAUGUAAGGCAAAUACUUAUGGAACAGUUAGCGCUAACUCAACUAGCGGAUGUACUGCAUGUCCCGGUGGUUCUGCUUCUGCUGCUGGAAGCACAGCAUUGGCUAAUUGCUCUACAUGUAUAGAUACUACUCAUACUACUUUCACUGGAAGUGCAAGUGCCCCUUCUUGUACUUGCUAUGACCCUAAUGCUGCUCUCAAUGCAAGUGGAAUUUGCCAAUGUAAUGCCAAUACUUAUGGAGCAGCUAGCGCUACAUCAACUAGCGGAUGUACUUCAUGUCCCGGUGGUUCUGCUUCUGCUGCUGGAAGCACAGCAUUGGCUAAUUGCUCUACAUGUAUAGAUACUACUCAUGCUACUUUCACUGGAACAGCAAUUGCCCCAGCUUGUACUUGCACUGACCCUAACGGUGCUUUCAGUGCAAGUGGCCUUUGCCAAUGUAAGGCAAAUACUUAUGGAACAGUUAGCGCUAACUCAACUAGCGGAUGUACUGCAUGUCCCGGUGGUUCUGCUUCUGCUGCUGGAAGCACAGCAUUGGCUAAUUGCUCUACAUGUAUAGAUACUACUCAUGCUACUUUCACUGGAACUGCAAGUGCCCCUUCUUGUACUUGCAAUGACCCUAAUGCUUAACUUAGUGCUUCUACUUCAAUGUGCUAAUGCAAAGCUAAUUACUAUGGUACUCCAAGUGCUACCUCUACUAGUGGUUGUAAUAAAUGCCCUUAAGGAUAAACUUCAGCUGCUGGAUCAACCACAAAUACUUGUGCUGAAUAAUCAACUUCAUCUUAUAUUUUAAUGCCAAUAGUUUGUUUGGUACUCUCUCUCUUUAUUGCUCUUUGA